AUGUGUGUCAACAUGAUAAAGUUUAUCAAGAAGAAUAUAUCAAGGAAGAAAGGUUCAAAAAUAGAAGACUACUACGAGUUUGGAAAUGAGAUAGGAAGAGGAGCAUUCUCAGUUGUUGGACUGGGUACACAUAAAGAGACAGGUGCUCAGGUGGCUAUAAAGGCUAUUGCCAAACAACAUGUUGCUGAGGCAGACAUGAAGCGAUUCACUACAGAGAUACAGAUUAUGAAGAAGUUAAAGCAUAAGAACAUUAUACAACUCAUAGAGGUGUUUGAUUCACCUGAAUAUCUAUAUCUAGUUCUAGAACUUGUAAGAGGAGGUGAACUAUUCGAUAGGAUUGUAGGAAAAGGACAGUACUCAGAGAAGGACGCUUGCAAUCUUGUUAGACAGAUCGUCUCUGCUGUAGAAUAUAUGCACCAACACGGUGUCUGUCACCGUGACCUGAAACCAGAGAACCUAUUAUGUUCUGCUGAGGAUGAACCAGAACAGUUUGUUCGAAUAGCAGACUUUGGAUUAUCCAAGAUAUUUGAAGGUGGAGAGGAACUAAAGACAGCUUGUGGUACUCCAGACUAUGUUGCGCCAGAGAUCUUGGAGUGCAAGGCAUAUGAUACAUCGGUGGACAUGUGGAGCAUUGGAGUGAUCACAUAUAUAUUGCUGUGCGGCUUUGCGCCGUUCUACGCCGACACACAUCACGAGCUAUUCCAAAAGAUAUUGGAUCUAGAGUACGACUUCCCAGAGCCAGAAUGGACGAAUGUCACCGAUCUCGCCAAAGACUUUAUAUCAAAGCUGUUGGUAAUCAAUCCAACAGAGAGGUGGACUGCCUCUCAGUGUAUGAAACAUCCAUGGCUGGCGGAGAACAAUGAGAAUAAGGAAUCCAAGACAUUGGACUCAGCGCUCAGUUCGAUGAAGGACUAUGUUAAGAAUAGAGAGUCUUCUGUCAAUGUUUUGAAGUCCAAGUCAACGCCAAAUCUUCAUCGAUAG